AUCAAAUGACAUCAAAAUUUUGUAAAUCGUCAAUUCUUAUCAAUUUAUUGCAUUCCUCUUGUCUGACGUUAUCGCUAUGAUCUGUGGUUCUCAACUGUCAACGCAAGCUGACGUGUAGUCUGUGGAAUUGAAAAAUAACCUAAAGAUUCCCACAGUGUUUUAAAUUAAAAUUUAAACUAGUUAAUAUGAGAAAGUUAGUAAUAAUAUCUGUUCUAUUAUGUACUACAACAACGUUUUUAUUUUUGGCGGGACUUAGCUUUUUUCUAACCGACCACGAACCUGACGGAAAUUGUGAAAUGACUUACAUGUUUGAAUUUCCUCAGUAUGUGAAAAUAUCUCAACCCAUCGACACGUACUAUCGAAAGUAUAGCUUGUACGCAUAUGGUGAAGGACGAAUGACAGAAAAAGCGAGAAAUAUGGACUUCACGGGGAUUCCGGUCGUCUUCAUACCAGGAAAUGCUGGGUCUUACCAGCAAGUCCGUUCCCUUUCUUCUGUGGCCCUGAGAAAAGCCCUAAAUUCCCGCAGUUCAGAUCAUUUUGACUAUUACACUAUCGACUUUAAUUCAGAGUUAAGUGCCCUUUAUGGUCCUAUUCUAUUUGAACAGUUGCAGUAUGUUCUAAAGUCUAUAGAGCGGGUUCUAGAACUGUACAAACACCAACGAAACGGCCCAAAGCAAGUAGUGCUUAUUGGCCAUUCAGUGGGUGGCAUCGUCGCCCGAAAAGCUAUAGCCAGUCUAACGAAGGAAAAUAAGCAACUAGUAUCAGUUCUGAUUACAUUGGCUUCGCCGCUAUUAAGAAGCCCAGUUUAUUUCGACCGUCAAUCCAGUGCUUUUUAUGCCAGCAGCUCUGUGGAUCAAAAUGAUAUUACCGUGGUAAGCAUUGCUGGUGGAUACAGUGACCUUUUGGUGCCAUCUUAUCUCUCUGUUGAUGGCAGAAACGGCAGCAUUAACGUAGUGUCCACUAAUGUUGCCAGGUGUUGGGUGGAAUCCAACCAUGUACAGAUUCUUUGGUGUAAGCAACUUGUACUGGCUAUUAAUCGAGCCCUAUUUAAUUGUAUAGACCGCAACACCCAUCAAGUGUCUACGAAUUCGAGCUUUGUUACGAACGUGUUUAGACACCACCUGGUACAUAACAGUGGAACAAUGCAUCAUAUUGGCAGCAAUAAGAGUUUAUUGGUAAAAAUUGACUAUACAGGGGAAUGGAUUGAGGAUAUUAGGAAACAGUACACGGCAGACUUCAAAACAGGCCUUAAACAACCCCUGUGGUAUAUGGUAGGGCUGACUUUGCAGCCCGGUUAUAAAAUGCUGUCCAUUUUAGCUAUAAACUUGGAAGUGACGGACUGGCUUUUCGCUUGCAACGCGGCCUUUCCGAACAAAGCCAGCAGAGUAUGUGUUGAAGCCCAACAUUUAACUCGUUACUCUGAAAUUGCUCCGACGAGCCGCUUCAAAAGACGACUGGUCACUAUAGACUUGCAUGAAAUUCGAAACGAAAACAACGACUACACUCAUUUAGUUUUUCGGGCAUUGCCCACUAGAGAGCCCGUAACAUUUCAUGUAGACACUUACGGAGCUCAUGAAAGAGAAAUGCGAGCUGUGCUGCCCAAAAUGAGCCUCAAAAGACACACGAUAAUCUCAGAGACUCCGCAUAGAGCUGUUAUAUUUAAUAUUUUCUUUUCUGAGCUGGAAGACCCGCUUCAAGUUUAUCAACUGUAUUUAGAGCCAAUUCAGUGUAGCGCUGAACAUCAUCAUGCCACGAUCAGCCUUAUUACCGGUUGGUCAAGAAAGUUAUUGUUACUAUUUUUCAGCGAGUCAAGUAACAAACCAUUACUUCUAAGGCUUCAGCAUGCGAAGCCGCCAGGAGCGGCAGAUGCGAAAGUACGAUUGGUUUUAGAUCCCAGCUGUAGCUAUCAAAUUAAUAUCCAAUUGAAUAUCUUCGGAAUGUUUGGUCAAAUCAUUCGGCACUACUCUACGUUUCUAUUAUCAACAAUGGUGGUGGUGUUUCUUCUGGCUUUUCAGAAUCAAAUUAAGGAACUGGGUGAGUCCAAUAGGAUUCCAAUAUUUUUUGUUGCGUCGUGGGAUGGUCUGAAUACCUUAUGGAUUGUCGUAUUGACGGCCGCCGGAUCUCUAGUCUUCAAAGAUCUAAUGCCGGAACCCGAGUUUAAGAUCUCUUUCAGCUAUGUGUACUCAUAUGUGGCAAUGCUUGUACUACUCAUCGUUUCAUUUUCCGCUGUUUUCCUCCUGGCUGCAGCCUACAGCAUAUCGCUGUUUGCUCUUGAAUCCACGGUGCAUAAAUUUGCUCUUAAAUUAUUGGCAAAAAGUGCUACUCUAACUGUCCGAUUCUCGGACUACUUUAUGAGCUUUCUGCAUAAAGUUCCGUUUAUAGUAGCAGCGGCCCAGCUGGUGUUGUGCUUUUCCACUUGCGGUGCUGUUGCGCUUUGUGUAGGUCUAGUGUUUUACUUCUUUAAACUAACACAAAUGUCGCAGAACUAUGUGGAACAGAUGACUUGGUAUCUAUUGAAAAAUCUGAGUCGCAGAAUUCAGGUAUGGUGCAGUAAGCGUCUGCAGAAUGCAACCACUGACAAUGACGAUGAAGAAGUUGAGACCGAUCAAAACGACUGCUUAGAUAAUAUCAAUAGCUAUAAAGAAGCAAGCGAAGGAUCAGUUCAAAGUGGAGCUAGUAUCAAUUGUUUAGAGCUGACAGAGACUGUGCUACGUGGGAACAGUAGUUCAAAAAUGCCACUCGCCACUGAAACUCCCGCAGAAAGCUCAUUCAACAGUUUAGCCCAGAGCCAUAAUAACAUUUUCUUCCAUUCUUCAAUGUUCUUCAUAUGGGUAUUUGUUACAGUUUUAAAUAUACCGGCCGCUCUAGCGUGGGCACACAAUUUCAAGUACAGUAAAAGCUUGUCACCCGAUGAGUCUCUUAUAGCAGGACUAGUGUUCAGCAUAGGUGCUUUAUUUUUGUGGCAAAUCGAUCUUCCUAGAACAAAUAGGAAAUUUACCAUCCCGUUACGUUUCAUAAUAAUCGGGCUGAUCCCCAUAAGUUUCCUGUAUUGUUCAGUGUCGGUGUACAGAUUGAACUAUAUGCUGACUUUUUUGUUUGCCCUGGUUAUCAUACAACAAAUCGCUCCCAAUUUGGAAACAGGUUCUGAUGAAUCGCCGCCAGAAAGACGCGCCAGCCAAGUCGAUCAAGAUAAAUAUGAGGAAGCGAAAACGAAAAUGGACUGAUUAGUGAGACGGAAUUCAAAAUAAAAUUGGGUAUUCUUUUGGCUGACAGAGCUUGAUAAUUUGUAUCGUACGGGAGUUGAUCAAGCUCAUAAAAAACGUUUAUGUUUAACUACAAAAUAUUAAUACAUGUAUUUUUU